AGGCUGAUGAUGGACUGUCUAGUAUUCAUUUUGUAGUGCUCUGAGAAUACAAAAAGAGCAUAGAUGACUUGUGAUUCUAACCCCAUUUCAUUUGGCUGUCUUUUGUUCCUCUAGACAUUUGUUGUGCUCUAAAUUCAAAUAUAUGUCUUCACGAUGACUCAUGAAAGGUCAUAGCACGUGACGUCUUCUUUCGUGUGUUGAGUUUAUCAUGUGAUUCACCUAGUUCCUGUAAGACUACCCGAGGACUUCUGCUGUAUGAUGUCGGACAUAGUGCUCUAGAGUCUAGUUUAUAAUACUGGAUACAAAGCAUGGACUCGCCGUGCAAUUGUAACAAGGCUGCGCCUUGGAAAAUCGUUGUAACGUUUCUUGUGUCGAUCACAACGGUCCUGGUUACAUUUCCCUCGGAUACAACGGGCUCUGAUGUCAGCCAGUGGUACCAAGACCUCUGCAGUUACAAAUGGGAGGCUAUAGACCUGGACAGCAAAGUGAAAUACACACUGAAGCUCUGUGAUUCCUCACCUAACACAGGAUGUGGAGCCGGUAGUGCUGUCUGUGCCCGCAACCUCACCAGUCAAAAGAAUCAGUCAGUGGGUGAACUGUCCUUGAAGAAGGCGACUGAGAGCAGCGUGAUAGAUUUCAACAGCACUGAGAAGUGCCCAGGCAGUAGUGGGACUAAUGUCCAGAGCAGCAUCAGUUUCCAGUGUGGGAAGACUAUGGGAACACCAGAGUUUGUAACUGUGGCCCAGUGUGUUCAUUACUUUGAAUGGAGAACAUAUGCAGCCUGCAAAAAGAAUAAAUACAAGCCUGAUAAAGAGGUCCCCUGCUAUGUCUUUGACACGGAUGGGAAAAAGCAUGAUCUGAACCCACUCAUCAAACUCACAGAUGGUUACCUGGUGGAUGACUCCGAUGAUGAAGUUGACUUUUAUAUUAACAUAUGCAGAAGCCUAAACCGUCCAGAGAGCCACUGCCCCGCGGGCUCUGCUGCCUGCCUGACCACCAGCAAGGGCUCCUUCAGCAUGGGCCUACCCACUACCCAGCUAGAGCUGGCCUCCAGUGACAGAUUGGAGCUGCGAUACGAGGAAGCCUCGGACACCAUGCCGGACUUCUGCAGCGGCCACACCCCUGCUGUCACCAUCACCUUCAUCUGCCCCUCACGCAGGCAGGAGGGUACUGACCCCAAGAUGACAGCCAAGUCCAACUGCAGGUAUGAGGUAGAGUGGGUGACGGAGUAUGCUUGCCACAGAGACUACCUAGAGAGUCACAACUGCACCCUGACCAGCAAGCAGCACGACAUCAACAUAGACCUCACCCACCUCACUCUUGGCUCUACAGACGACCCCUAUAUGGCUGAGGCCAAGAGCAGCGAUGGGAAGGACAACUAUUUCUACUACCUGAAUGUGUGCGGGGAAAUCAAGUCAGGAGAGUGCGGUGGCGACCCGCACUAUGUGUCCGCUUGCCAAGUCAAAGCAACGGGAGAUCAAAGCAAAAAGAUAGCUGGGAGAUACCACAAUCAAACACUAAGGUACUCCGAUGGCGACCUGACACUGAUCUAUCCAGAUGGGAGCAGGUGCAGCUCUGGCUUUCAGCGCAUGACUAUCAUCAACUUUGAGUGCAACAAAACAGCAGGAAACGACGGCAGAGGCUCGCCUGUGUUCGCUGGUGAAACAGACUGCACCUAUUACUUUGACUGGCAGACGGCUUCCGCCUGUGUCAAGGAGGAGGAGGAUCUACUCUGCAGGGUCAGCCAGUAUAAACACUAUGACCUGUCCCCCUUAACACGCUACCCUGAGUCUGAGUCGGCCCAGAACUGGGAGGCUGUGGACGCCAACGCCCCCAAGUCAGCCAAAAUGCGUUUCUACGUCAACGUGUGUCACAAAGUCCUCCAGCAGGGGGCCACCAGUACAUGCCCUGAGGACGCUGCCAUCUGCGCCGUGGGAAAAGACAAAGUUAUCAGCUUGGGCAAAUUCCUCACCUCCCCGACAAAAAGAAAUGACAGCAACGACAUACGCCUGGUCUACACAGAGGGAGAUGAAUGCAGGAAGAACAUGAAAAUGAAGAGCAUCGUGAUUCUGAAAUGCAAGCCAGGUGAUCUAGAGAGUGCCCCCAUCAUGCGAAGCGUGUCCAGUGAUGGUUGUGUGUAUGAGUUUGAGUGGUACACGGCUGCAGCCUGUGUCAUGUCCAGGACAGUGGGGGACAACUGCAAGGUGGAAGACCCCCAAGCUGGAUUCUCAUUUGACCUGUCCCCCUUGUCUAAACCUGGAGGAGGCUUUUACAAUAUGUCCAAUGGAGAUUAUGACUACUUCAUUAACGUCUGUGGCUCUGUCACUGCAGCCAAAUGCCCUCUGAAAGCCGGGGCCUGUCAGGUGGACCAGAGUGGCUCUAACUCAUGGAGCCUGGGGGCGUUUAACUGUCAGCUGUCCUACUAUGACGGGAUGAUCAAGCUGUCCUACAGCAACGGCUCUCGGUACAACAACGUGCAGCACACACUGCGCUCCACCAUGAUCUCAUUCCUCUGUGACCGAGAGGCCGGCGCCGGCAAGCCUGAGUUUCAGGCCGAGGACAAUUACACCUAUAACUUCAGGUGGUAUACGUCCUACGCCUGUCCAGAGCGGCCACAUGAGUGUGUGGUGACAGACCCCAACACACUGGACCAGUAUGACCUGUCCAGUCUUUCCCGGUCUAGUGGAGGGAGGAACUGGCAGGCCAUGGACCUGUCUGACCCUAACAACCUGAGGAAGUACUACAUCAACGUGUGUCGUCCUCUGAACCCCGUGCAGGGCUGUGACCGCCAAGCCUCUGUCUGCCAGAUGAAAUACCAGCCUCAGCAGGGCAUUCUGUCUGAAACAGUUUCUGUCACUAAUAUGGGCCUGGCUAAGAGAGGUCCAGCAAUCGAGGAGAAGGACCGCCUGCUGCUGGAGUACACAGACGGCUCCGAGUGCAUCUCAGACGGCCUGAAACUCACCUACACCACACGUAUCCACCUGGUCUGCUCCAGAGGAUUUGUGUCGUCCGGCCCUCGUUUCCUCAAUUAUGGGAACUGUACUGCCAACUUCAUGUGGGAGACCGGGGCAGCUUGUGCCAUCAGUACUGCUGAUGACCAGAACAUGACCUGCUCUGUGAGGGAUCCCAACACUGGCUUUGAGUUCAAUCUGCUUCCUCUGGCCUCCGAGACUGGCUACAAGGCUGAAGGCAAUGGGAAAACCUUUGUGGUGAAUAUCUGUGGCGAGGUGGCAGAGUGUGGGAAGGACCAGGGGAAGCCUGUAGCUGGCUGUGAGCUGGACAAUGGCCUGGUUGUUGGUCCUGUGGGAGUGGAGAGAUCUCUACAGUACUCUACUGACGGCCUGCUCACACUCACAUACAAAGGAGACAUGAACAAGCCUACAGGCACCAGGGACACCUUCACCAUUAGUUUUGUUUGUGACCAGGACGCCCACCUCGGCACUCUGAAACUGGUCCGAGAGGAGCUCAGCUCGUCCACACUCGUCACACACGAUGUCUUAUUUGAGUUUUACACAGCCCUGGCAUGCAUCCCUGCCCCUGUGGACUGUCGUGUCACUGAUUCCCACGGUAACGUGUAUGACCUGAGUCACCUGAGCAGGGACAGAGAAGACAGUCCCUGGGUGGCCAUCGACACGUCUGAGCAGGCCAAGAAACGCCGCUUCUUCAUCAACGUGUGUAGACCUCUGCCUCCAGUCCAGGGAUGCCCCGAUGGUCUCCUGGGUGCAUGUGGCACCAUGGAUGGUAAAGGUGUAAACCUGGGCUACGUCCAGUCCAGCCCCCAGGUGGCCUCUGACGGCUCCAUCAGCAUCGUCUAUCUCAACGGGGACCGCUGUGACAAAGGCCACCACUCCACACGUAUCAUCUUCCAGUGUGACGACAACCCUGGCUCUCCUGUAUUUGACCGUCAAGACGGCUGUGAGUAUGUGUUCAUCUGGAGAACCUCCGAGGCGUGUUCUCUCACCAGUGCUCAGGGUGAAAACUGUAAAGUCAAGGACCCCAGAAGUGGCUACAUGUUUGACAUGAGUUCCCUGUCAGAGAAGGACUACAUGGUGAAGAGUGGCCAGUACCAGUACCACUUCUCUGUCUGCGGGGGGCUUAAGAGAGGGAUCUGCACACAAAAAGACACAGGAAGUGACCAGGUGUCAGCCUGUCAGGUGAAAGACAGCACCCACAGAAUCGCUGGGCUGGCCUCACAGACUCUGAGCUAUGUUGGAGAUCAGAUCGUCCUCAACUACACUGGUGGGGAGACAUGCCACAAGAUCUACCAGAGAUCCACAGAGAUCUACUUCUCCUGUCAUCCUAAAAUGAACCCUGGGGUGCCAGAGUUCAUCAAGGAGACUGCGGAGUGCACCUACCUGUUUACCUGGCGUACUGCUCUCGCCUGUAUCCCAGUCAAGACUACCAGCUGCUCCUACCAAGAUUCUAAUGGCAACUCGUACGACCUCUCCUCUCUGGCCCUGGACUCCAGAAACUGGGUGGUGGAGCCCAGCACUGGGCAGCAGGAGCGUUACUACAUCAACGUCUGCAAGUCUCUGGUGCAACAGGGGGGCUCCUGGAAGUGUCCGUCCAACGCAGCGUCCUGUCUGAAGAGCGGGGAGCACUAUGUGAGUCUGGGAGAGGCCGAGUCGCCGCCACAGUGGGACCAGAACACCCUGGUACUCAAGUACACCAACGGAGAGAUGUGUCCUGGUGGACAGAGGAAUAAGAGUACCAUUGUACGCUUCAAAUGUGACCGGGACAAAGUGGACUCAAGGCCUACACUGAUAACGGCCAUAGAGGAGUGUGUCUACACCUUUGUGUGGUUCACUGCAGCCGCCUGCCCCCUCAACAGCAGCCAGCACGGAGACUGCAGAGUCACCAAUCCAGUCACCGGCCACCUCUUUGACCUGAACGAACUAAGCCAGGAGGGAGGCUACACUUUGUACGACAACCUGGACCCUAGGAAGAUGUUCCGGCUCAACGUGUGUGGGGAAGUAGCCAACGCAGGCUGUGAACCAGACACAGGUGUGUGUAUCAAGGAGACCAAGAGUGCUCUGAGUGGCGGGCGGGCCAACAGGAAGCUGUCAUACCUGGACCAGGUGGUGGAACUGACCUAUGAGGGCGGGGCUGUGUGUGCCGCCAACCCCGCCCUCACACACAAGAGCAUCAUCAGCUUUGUGUGCAAGGCCCACGGUGAGGCCAGCACGGGGCCGGUACUGGUGGACUCGGACAAGAACACGUGCACACACUUCUUCUCCUGGCACACGCCCUUGGUGUGUGAACACCAGGUCAAGUGUUCAGUCCUGAACGGCUCUACCCUAAUCGACCUAACCCCUCUGAUCCACGUGACGGGCAACUACACAGCCACCAACGAGGACCUGGUGGACAAGGACCAGUCCCCUGACUUCUACAUCAACAUCUGCCAGCCCCUAAACCCCAUCCCUGGGGUCACAUGUCCCCCAGGGGCCGCUGUCUGCAUGGACCCUGAACAAGGGCCCCCCAUAGACAUUGGUCGAAUCACCUCCGGCCCGGAGUUCAACAGCGUGACCAAUGAGGUGUCAAUCACCUUCAACAGCACCACGGCCUGCCCCUCUGACCCCACCCAGAACUACACCUCCACCAUCAUUUUCACCUGCCAGAGGGGCCUGGAGCUGGGCUCGCCCCAGAUGAUCAGGAAGCACAAGUGUAUGUAUGUGUUUGAGUGGGCCACUCCCGUGGUCUGUUCUGACGCCACGCAGACCAAAGGCUGCACCCUGACAGACUCACAGCUGCAGUUCACCUUUGACCUCUCACCCCUCUCUGGGGAGAUUCAGGUGCCUGUCGGCUCAAAGACCUAUAAGAUCAAUGUGUGUGGGGAGGUGGCAGACCCCAGCUGUAAGCACAGUGCAGUGUGUGUGCAGUCGCCGGGCGGAUCAGCGUUCUCCUAUGGCAUCAGCCAGGCCAUGACUAUGGACUACAAACACGAGGAGCAGGCUGUCAUCAUGCAGUACGGAGGAGGAGACGUCUGCCCUCCAGUGACUGAGAAUGAGGUUUGCGUCUUUCCCUUCAACUUCCUGAAGAAGUCGUAUACGGUGUGUACAACCGAGGGCAUGACGGACGGGAGACGAUGGUGUGCCACCACCAGUGACUUUGACAAGGACAAGAAAUGGGGAUUCUGCGUUCACGUGACAGGGAAGAGGCAGUCGUCCAUCCUGUUCACAUGUGACCAGUCAGCCGGCCAUGGCACCCCACAGCUGCUGAGUGAGACAGAGGGCUGCGCUGCCACCUUCCAGUGGAAAACCACGGCUGUGUGCCCACCGAAGAAGAUGGAGUGUAAGCUGGUGAACCAGCACCAGACCUUCAACCUGCGCACUCUCUCCUCUCUCACCGAGCCGUGGAAGUUCAGCCACAACAAAACAGCGUACUACAUCAACCUGUGCCAGGGGAUCCAUGGGGGCCUGCCAGACUGCCCCGAGGGCGCCACGGUGUGCCGGAAGACCAGCGAUGGGAAGACCCAGACCCUGGGCCUCGUCUACACCCAGAAGAUGGCAGUCUCUGAUAAGAAGAUCCUAGUGAGCUACGCUAUGGGAGACACUGUGUGUGGGAACGGCCUCCAGGCCAAGACAGUGGUCCAGCUGACAUGUGGUCCUAAUAUAGGCCAGCCCAAGCUGCUGAGCGUGGAUGAUGCCUCGUGUGAAUUCGUGCUGGGCUGGGAGACGCGUGCGGCAUGCGCUGUUCAACAACAUGAGGUGGUGAUGGUCAAUGGAACCAUCAAAGUCCCCGAUACAGGGGCCAACUUCAGCCUGGGGGCCCUCUACCACAGGCUCUUCCAGGCCUCUGGGGACAUCCGCGCCAACGGGGACAAGUACAUCUAUGACAUCCAGCUGUCAGGCAUCACCAACAGCUCCUUCUCCAAGUGUCUGGGGGCCAACAUUUGCCAGGUGAAGAUCAAUGGAGACCACAGGAGGAAGAUCGGCUUCUCCAGCAAGGCCAAGUACUACAUCAAAGAUGGUAAUCUGGACGUGCUAGUCCCAUCUGAGUCUGUGUGUGGGCGGGACAAGUCCACGACGGUGUCGUCGGCCAUCUUGUUCCACUGUAACCCCUCAGCAGGAGAGGGCAUCCCAGAGUUCCUGUUGGAGACGGAUGGAUGCCAGUACCUCUUUACCUGGCACACCGCCACUGUUUGUGGUCUAGUAACCUCUGUGUCCAAGAAGACUAACGACGAUGGAGGGCAGGACAGUACGGGCUUGUCUGGAAGGAGACAGGCAGUCCUGAGCAUGCUAUUGGUUGUGCUGGCCAUCUGUCUGCUGGUUCUGCUACUGCACAAACGAGAGCGGAGGGAGCUGGUGAUGCAGAAAAUCACUGGAUGUUGUAGGAGAGGAAAUCCUGUCUCUUAUAAAUACUCAAAGGUGAACAUGGAUGAUGAGGGAGGGGAGGAUGAGAUGGAGUGGCUGAUGGAGGAGAUUGAGGCCCCAGCCAUGUCCUCCCGCCUGGGGAAGGAGCACCAGGAGAACGGCCACAUCACCACCAAGCCCGUCAAUGCCGCCGCCCUACGCUCCUUUUCCCUGGAAGAGCAGGAGGACAGCGAGGAGGAGGUCUUAUCCGUCCCCGGGGUUUGCGUCCUCGGUGGCCGGACCACCCUGCGGCCCUCAGGAUCCAGGACCCGAUCCUCGGGGCCCCUCCGCAGCGCCCUGUUGGAGGAAGAGAGUGACGAGGACCUGGUGGGGCUCCUGGGGGAUAGGGACAGGAGGGGUAUGGCCAAGCCUCGCCGUGACAACAGACCCCCCCACAGGAAACAACAAAACCCCCAGGAUGACAGCGAUGAGGACCUGCUGACAGUGUGAGGGACUCUCCAUCCUCCCCCUGUCCACCUAAACUAUUAUCCCUCUUCUCUCCUCUUCUCUCCUCUCUCUUUGAAUGUCUCCACACAACGAUGACAACGCAAGGGAGCAGAAACCCUUAGAGGCUUGUUUUUUUUCUAAGGGAAACGAUGCAGAAUGUCUGUUUGGCUGUUUUACAGUUUUAAAGAGCAGAUUUGUUUUUGUCCCCUCUUCGAAAGAAAGUUGAUGCCUUCCUGAUGACAAAUGGUGUUUUCAUCAAAUAAUUGUUUUUGGACCAUUUUGAUUUAGUUAAUGUACAUAGGUAAUGUUAUACAGUGCCUUCAGAAAGUAUUCAUGCCCCUUGACUUAUUCCACAUUGUGUUGUUACAGCCUGAAUUCAAAAUGGAUUAAAAACACACAAUACCCCAUAAUGAUCAAGUGAAAACAUGUUUUUCGAAAUUUUAGCACAUUUUUGGAAAAUGAAAUGCAUACUGUAAUUGGACAGAGAAAUGUGCAAUACAGAGUUUUAUUGGACAAAUUUAAAAAGAUUGUUUCGGCCUUCAAUGGCCUUCAGAAGAAUCACAAAGGGAAUGUAAUAUGGAAAAUUAAAUACAGAAAUAUACAAUUUCCAUAAGUAUUCACCCCAGGUUUUCCUCUAGGAUUUUGCCUGUACUUAGCUCCAUUUAUUUGUAUCCUAAAAACCUCCAUAGUCCUUGCCGAUGAUAAGCAUACCCAUAACAUGAUGCAGCCACCACCAGGCUUGAAAAUGUGAAGUGGUACUCCCUGAUGUGUUGGAUUUGCCACAAGAAUAACGCUUUGUAUUUAGGACAUAAAGUACAUUUCUUUGCCACAUUCUUCCCGUUUUACUUUAGUGCCUUAUUGUAAACAGGAUGCAUGUUUUGGAAUAUUUGUAUUCUGUACAGGCUUCCUUCUUUUCACUCUUCCUUCUUUUCACUCUGUCAUUUAGGUUAGUAUUGUGGAGUAACUUACAAUGUUGAUUCCUCCUCAGUUUUCUCCUUUCACAGCCAUUCAACUUGGUUUUAGUCACCAUUGGCUUCAUGGUGAAAUCCCUGAGUGGUUUCCUUCCUCUCCAUCAACUGAGUUAGGAAGGAUGUCUUUAUCUUUGUAGUGACUGGGUGGAUUGAUACACCAUCCCAACUGUAAUUAAUAACUUCACCAUGCUCAACGGGAUAUUCAAUGUCUGCUGUUUUGUUUUAUUUUUACCCAUCUACCAGCAGGUGCCCUUCUUUGUGAAGCAUUGGAAAACAUCCCUGGUCUUUGUGGUUCAAUCUGUGUUUGAAAUUCACUACUCGACCGAGGGACCUUACAAUUAUCUGUAUGUGUGGGGUACAGUCAUGUUCAGCACUGUUAUUGCACACAGUGAGUCCAUGCAAUUUAUUAUGUGACUUGUUAAACUUAUUUUUACUCCUGAACUUAUUUAGGUUUGCCAUAACAAAGGGGUUGAAAACGUAUUGACUCAAAACAUUUCCGCUUGUCAUGUUUAAUUCAUUUGUAAACAUUUCUAAAAACAUUUGACAUAAUUGGGUAUUGUAUGUAGGCCAGUGACACAAAGUCUCAAUUUAAUCCAUUUUAAAUUCAGGCAGUAACACAACAGAAUGUGGAAAAAGUUAAGGGGUGUGAAUACUUUCUGAAGACACUAUGCAUAUAUGGAUUAAAAUUGUCACUUGCAUUUUCCAGAGAAUCACUUAUUCACAUUUUAAAUUAAUUUUGUGGACUGAUUUUCACGUUGAAUCUCUAUACUUCUAACCUUGCAAGGUUUGGGCAUGAAAAACCUCUUAAGUUAUUGGGAAAAAGGGACUGGAAACUGUGGUGCUCAUGAAUCAUAGCAUUGGUUAAUGGGAUUCUUAGGUUGUAUUAUUCAGAGUUCCUCAAAUCAUUAUGGGGUUUUGUACUUGCGCACCAAAUACACAUCACAGGCACAGCUAGUUCCUGUAUCUGUUAAGUGCUAAACAUUAAUUCUGCUUCUAGAGCAGGGAUAUUCAACUCUUACCCUAUGAAGUCCAGAGCCUGUGUUCUCUUCUAUCCACCUGGUCUAAAUUAGUCACUGAUUAGAGGGGAACAAUGAAAAAAUUCAGUGGAUCUAGCUUCAAGGUCCAGAGUUGAGUUUGAGGGUUCUAGAUGUUGCCUUGUCAAAGUCAUGACCUAAGUUUAUUUGAAAAGGGAAGUUUUCUGUCGACCUAAAACUCCCUUUUUUUUGUCAAACUGCAUGUGCUAUCUCUCAUAAAUGGAAGUAAGGAAAGCUGUAGUGCCAUAAUUAAAUCUCUUCGUGAGCUUGAGAUCCCCUUUCAGUCUUGCUCAGAGGUAUCUAUCCCAUGCAGUCUCUCUACUGCAGGGGUGUCAAACUCAUUCCAUGGAGGGCCUAGUGUCUGUGGGUUUUUCCUUUCAAUAAAGACCUAGACAACCAGGUGAGGGGAGUUCUUUACUAAUUAGUGACCAUAAUUAUCAAGUACAAGGGAGACAGUGAAAGUCCGUAGGCACUCGGCCCUCCAUGGAAUGGGGUUACAGCAGCAAUCACAGUGUGAGUAUUUUUCUGGGAAAAUACAGCGAGCUGUGAAGUAUUGGGACACAUUUUUUGUUGUUUUAGCUCUGUACUCCAGCACGUUUAGAAGUUAUAGCACAUAGUCCCACCAUUUUAGGGGACCAAAAAUAUUGGGACAUAUUCACUUGUGUGUAUUCAAAAGUUUAGUCUUUAGUCCCAUAUUCCUAGCACACGAUGACUACAUCAAGCUUGUGGCUCUACAAACUUGUUGGAUGCAUUUGCAGUUUGUUUUGGUUGUGUUUCAGAUUAUUUUGUGCCCAAUAGAAAUGAAUGGUAAUAAUGUAUUGUGUAUUUUGGAGUCACUUUUAUUGUAAAUAAGAGUAGAAUAUGUUUCUAAACACUUCUACAUUUAAUGUGGAUACUACCAUGAUUAUUGAGAGUCUUGACGGGAUUGUGAAUAAUGACAAACUAUACCCCUAAAAAUGCUAACCUUCCCUGUUAUUGUAAUGGUGAGAGGUUAGCAUGUCUUGGGGGUAUGGUAUUUGGGAAAAUACCCUAAAAUUAAAGCUGACAGUCUGCACUUUAACCUCAUAGUCAUUGUAUAAUUUCAAAUUCAAAUCCCAAUACUUUUGGAGCUCACUGUAUGGAUUAUUUGAAAUGAAUUUAGCAUUUAUCAGUUGGCAUGCAUACACACACACACACACCAGUACACAAACCACACAGGCAGUCACUAAUUCUACUCUCAUGUAUCUUUAGUUGGGACAAUGUCUCAUAAAUGUCAGUGGUACAGAACAGUAAUGACAAAAUGCUUUUGAAGUGGAACUCACCUCACUAACAAGUCUGACUAUAUGAGUCUUUGACAAAGUUCUCUCUCUUGGACUGGACUUCAAGUCAGACUUCAAGAUGGAGAGUUUAUUUGUAAUGCCAGUGUUUUAUCACUAGUGUUGAAGCUAAUAUUCACACCGUAGCAAGCGGCCGGCCACAUAGCGAUAUUAUCCAAAAAAUGAUGGUUCACUUUUCAGGGUAUUAAGGUUUGUACACGAUAUUAAUAGGAUACAAGUUUGGUGGUCCUCCCCGCAGCAGAAGAUAUUUUCCAUGUUUUUUUUUGUGCUUUUUUUUUUUUAAUCACAUUUUGUAUUUAUCUUCAUGUUUCCACACCUCCAAGAUCAUGAAUUGAAUUUGUGACAUAACUGCACAAGGGUACUUUGAUAUGGGGAAAGAGCACUUGCUACUGUACCGUCUCUGGAGUGAUGGAAAGUCAUCCUGUGUGGUAGUGAUGCAACGAGUAAUGCUUGUUGCAUCAUGUCUAGCUCUGCUGUAAGCACCAAAGCACGUCUGCUUGGUUCAUUCAUUUGGGUACGAAACAUGGGAAGGGGCUCCUUGAGCUCCAUUCUGAUGAGGUGAUUUUGUUCUUGUAUGUUAUGUUCUCAAAUGUGUUUUUACUGCAUUUUGUCUGUUUUUCAAAUGGAAAAAAAAUAUUGCGUUAUUUUAAUAAAAAAGAGAUCAGCUGUC